CACCUAAUUGUUUAGGUGUCUCCCGAAUCAGCCUCUCUCUACCAUCGAAUUCCUCUCUCUCGACUCUCUCUCACACAACCCCCCCCCCCAAAUCUCUGCUUCGUCCUCAGCUCCCUUAAAAUCUAAUUAUCCCCUUACCCGGUCAGGAUUACCCGGAUCACUGUAUUCAAACACCGAAUUCCGAUCCUUUUUUCCAGGAAAAUUCCCUUUGAUUUUCUCGAGAAAGUUAGGGUUGGGUUUCGAUAAUAAUGAGCUUCCAGGAUCUCGAGGCUGGCCGCCCCUUCACAUCGAGGCGAGACCGCAUCAAUGGCAAGCAGGACUCCACACAAGCCGUUGCCUCCGGGAUCUUCCAGAUCAACACCGCCGUCUCCACGUUUCAGAGGCUCGUCAACACGCUCGGCACCCCCAAGGAUACGCCCGAGCUCCGCGACAAGCUGCACAAGACGAGGCUACAUAUUGGGCAAUUGGUGAAGGAUACGUCAGCUAAACUUAAACAAGCUAGUGAAAUAGAUCAUAAUGUAGAAGUUAAUGCCAGCAAAAAAGUUGCUGAUGCUAAACUUGCAAAAGAUUUUCAAGCUGUGCUGAAAGAAUUUCAGAAGGCUCAACGGCUUGCGGCUGAGCGGGAAACAGCAUAUACUCCUUUUGUUCCCCAAGCAGUUCUUCCUUCUAGCUACACAGCCAACGAGAUGGAUGUAAGCAUAGAUAAGAGUCCAGAACAGCGUGUUCUUUUAGUGGAAUCUAGAAGACAGGAGGUCUUGCUGUUGGACAAUGAGAUCGCCUUCAAUGAAUCUAUAAUUGAGGAAAGGGAACAAGGUAUACAAGAAAUCCAGCAGCAAAUUGGUGAAGUGAAUGAGAUUUUCAAAGAUCUUGCUGUGCUGGUCCAUGAGCAAGGAGCUGUGAUUGAUGAUAUUGGCUCCAAUAUCGAGGGUGCUCAAGCUGCAACUUCACAAGGGAACUCUCAACUUGUGAAAGCCUCGAAGACCCAAAGAUCAAAUUCGUCUCUGGCGUGCUUGCUCUUGGUGAUAUUUGGGAUUGUGCUUCUCAUUGUGAUCAUAGUACUCGCGGCUUAAUCAGAGUUUGAUUGGUCGUUGAGCAGAUGUGCUGGUGCUUAACACAUUUGGAGGUUUCUGUUGGGUGGGGUGUUUGUUCUCCUGUAAUUGUGUUUGGGGGUCUUGAGGAUGUGUUUCAGCUUCUUGGGUUAUUGUCCUUUUUCCUAUUUAUAAUUAAUAUCUUUAUUCUU